GAGACGCUGCCAUUGUCUGCUGUCAUCUCCACACAGCGGCAGAAGCAAAUUGGAGGCGGACUCGCACGCUCUACGCUGGAGUUUCCCCGGAUUGGUGCCUAGUGAGCCACAGCCAGCCACAUGUUGCUAUCGCAAGGGCGACGAGGAGAGGCGUGACUCGACACAGUCUGAUGUUGAAUGUGUCGAUUUUUGCACCAGGUUGCACGUGGGCAAAACCUCAGGAGAGCUGGCCCAAGUCGGUGACUCGAGUCGCAAUAGGGUUACAGUCAAUUCAAGUAUACGAUGUCACCCCCAGGCCAAAGGCAAAAAAGAGGCUCGAAUUAGAAGCGGCUAAGGUGAGCGAUCAGGGACUCGGCCGGCUCGGCUUCGGUUGCAAGGGGCUGAAGACGACGUUUACGAGACAAUUGACGAGAAAGGGGAAUUUUGGACCCUUGGCCAUUGCGAAGCUAGGGAGCUCCACUAACGGACGAGCCCCAUUUCAAAAGAACCAGCUGUCCUCAACCUCGUCGACUUUGACGACACAUUCACUCGCGGCCGGUAUACUUUGUCAUCUACCCUUUGUUUUUCCACUGUGUUCAAGACUCCCGGCAAUCAAUCGCUGCCCAUCUUUCCACAUCCAUCUCUACACACACACACACACACCGCCACCACCACCACCGCCGCAACUAUGAAAGCCAUUAUUCUCGUCGGGGGUUUCGGAACCCGCCUACGGCCUCUGGUACGCCUUCCUCUGGCAGAGCCUUCCUCGGUGCCCACGCUCGAGAGCC